CCCAGGGCGCUGCCGCGGCCCCCCCCCGGGAAGCUGGCCUCGCUGGAGGGCUGCGUGCAGGCGCUGCUGCGCGACCCGGCGCAGCCGCAGCUCUGGGAGCAGCUGGGGCAGCUCUACGAGUCGGAGCAGGAGGUGGAGGAGGCCCUGCACUGCUACCGCAGCGCCGCCCGCUACCGCCGCCCCCCCGACGGCCCCCCCGGCGACGGCGGCCCCCGCCUCGGCCGCCUCCCGCAGGCCCAGCUGUGGAGCUUCCACUCGGGCCCCUCCCACCCCCGGGCCAGGACGCUGCCGCCCCUGCAGCAAGUGUGGAACCUGCUGCACCUCGAGAAGAGGAGCUUCUCGGCCAAGCGGGGCGCCCAGCUGAAGCGGCCGGCGGCCCCCCCCGAGGCGCCGACGGGGCAGCCGGGGCCCCCCGCGCCCCCCCCCGGGCCCCCCCCCAACGAGCUGCCCAGCCCCGCCAAGCGCAGGAGGAGCGGCAGCCCCCAGCAGGGGGGGCCGGGCGCCGGGGGGCAGCACCCGCCGGGGCCCCCCCACUACGCCCUGCCCACGCCGGGGCUCUGGAGCCCGGUGCCCGGGGAGGCCUGGCCCGAGCGCAGGAACGGCGCCCCCCCCGACAGACAGGAGCCGCGGGGGCUGGCGGCCCAGCCGCUGCCCUUCCCGCCGCCGGCCUACGGCUCGCAGCCCCCCCCGCCGCUGCGGCUGCCGGCGGCGGCCCCCGGCCCCCCCGCGCCCCCGGCGCCCCCCGCGCCCCCCGGCCCCCGCGGAAGUGACCUUAGGGACGGCCGGGCCCGCCGGGCGCGCGCCACCCCCGGCGCCUCACCAGCACCCAUCGCCUGCGUGCCUUACGCCCCCCGCCCCCCCCCGGGCACCCCCGCCACCAGCACGCUCCCCCGGGGGGGGCCCAGCCCCGGCCUCGGUCCCGAGCGCUACCAAACGCCGGCCCCGGAGCCGCCGGCGGAGGGCGCGGGGGGGCCGGGGGGGGCGCCCGGCCCCGCGGCCCCCGGCCCCCCCAGCCUGCCCUGCUGCCGCCCGCCCCCCCCGGCCGCCGGCCUCGAGCCCCGGCCCCCCCUGGCCUGGCUCGGCGAGCCCCGGGCGGCCGGCGGGGGGGGGGACCCGCUCGACUGCCUCCUCUUCGGCGACGCCGGCGGCGACCCCCCCGCGGGGGGGUACCCGGAGCCCCCCGCCCGCCGCCCGCCCCCCCCCAGCCCCCCGGCGCCCUCGCCGCCUUUCCGCCGCCCCCGGGAGGAGGAGGAAGAGCAAGAGCAAGGCCCCCCCCCCGAUUUCUGGCUGGAGCCCCCCCCCCGCGAGGCCAGGCCCCCCCAGGGCCUCCCCGAAACCUCAGGAAGCUGCCGGCCCCCCCCCAGCCCCCCGCCGCCGCCCCCCGCCUAUCCAAAGACUGCCGCCGCCGAGCCGCCGGAGCCGGCGGGGGCCGGGGGGGCCGCGCGGCGCCUCUUCGACUUCGCCGGCCCCCCCUUGGAGGACCAGUUCGAGGAGCCGCCCGAGUUCUCCAAGAUCCUCCCCGACGGCUUGGCCAACAUCAUGAGGAUGCUGGACGAGUCGAUCCGGCAAGAGGAGGACGAGCGGGAGGAAGGCGCCUUCCCCCCCCCGCCGCCGCCGCCGCCCCCCCCGCCGCCGCCGCCCCCCCCGCCGCCGCUGCCCGGCCCCCCGCCGCUGGCCCGGCCCAAGGCGGCCGCCUUCGGGGCCCCCCCGGGCCCGGAGCCGCCCGAGCCGCCGCGGCUCUACCCCUUCGGCAAGCGGGACGAGCGGCCCGAGGCGCCCAAGGCCGCCGCCGACCUCCUCAAGUCCCUGGCCGACAUGUUGGAGGGGCAGAAGCGGGGGCGGCCGGGGGGGCCCAAACCGCCGCCGUCGCCGCCGCCGCCGCCGCCGCCAUCGCAACUCGCUACCUCAGCGGCGGGCCGGGCGGGCGCGGCGGGGGCGGAGGCGGGGGCGGAGGCGCCGCCGGCCCCGGCGCCCAGGACGGAGGCGCUGGAGGAGAUCAGCCGGGCCUGCGAGACGCUGGCGGAGCAGGCGGGCCGCCCCCGGCCCCCCACGCCGCCGCCGCCCCGCCGCAAGGAGCGGCACCGGCGGCCCCCCCGCGACGACGGCGACGGCGACGACGGCGACGGCGGCCGCCACCACCGCCGCCGCCACCACCACCACCACCACCACCACCACCACCACCACCACCACCGCGACGCCAAGGCGCCCCGCAAGGAGAGGAACCGGCCCGUCCUGGCCACCUUGGACCUGCAGAGCCCCGGCGUGCAGGAGGCCGCCGGCGGCCCCCCGGGCCAGGCCAAGGCGGCCCCCCCCCAGCCGCCCCCGCCGCCGCCGCCGCCCCCGCCGCCGCCGCCCCCCCCGGCACCCCCCGCCGCCGCGGCGCCGGGCCUCAUGAGCUCGGCCGACCUGCUCAAGCUGCGCUCCUUCACCGAGGGGCCCCCCAAGGAGCUCAAGAUCCGGCUCAUCAAGGUGGAGAGCGGCGACAAGGAGACCUUCAUCGCCUCCGAGGUGGAGGAGCCGCGCCUGCCCCUGGGCAAGCUCACCAUCGAGCACAGCGCCGCCGACGUGGUGCGCGCCAGCAAGCACGCCCGCCCCAAGGGCCGCUUCAGGGAGUCGUACCUCUCGCCCGCCCAGUCCGUGAAGCCCCGCGUCGACGCCCAGCAGCCGCUGCCCCGCGACAAGCUCAACCCCCCCACGCCCAGCAUCUACCUGGAGAGCAAGCGGGACGCCUUCUCGCCGGUGCUGCUGCAGUUCUGCACCGACCCCAAGAACCCCAUCACCGUCAUCCGGGGGCUCGCCGGCUCCCUGCGCCUCAACCUGGGGCUGUUCAGCACCAAGACGCUGGUGGAGGCGAGCGGGGAGCACGCGGUGGAGGUGCGCACGCAGGUGCAGCAGCCCUCCGACGAGAACUGGGACCUGUCGGGCACGCGCCAGGUGUGGCCCUGCGAGAGCAGCCGCUCGCACACCACCAUCGCCAAGUACGCCCAGUACCAGGCCUCCUCCUUCCAGGAGUCCCUGCAGGAGGAUAAGGACAGCGAAGACGAUGAGGCCGAAGAGCCCGACAGCACCACCGAGACCCCCCCCAGCAACCCCGACCAGAAAUCCCACCAGAUCAUCAAGUUCGGGACCAACAUCGACCUCUCGGACGCCAAGCGGUGGAAGCCGCAGCUGCAGGAGCUGCUGAAGCUGCCGGCCUUCAUGCGGGUCUCGUCCACGGGGAACAUGCUGAGCCACGUGGGCCACACCAUCCUGGGCAUGAACACCGUGCAGCUCUACAUGAAGGUGCCGGGCAGCCGCACGCCGGGCCACCAGGAGAACAACAACUUCUGCUCGGUGAACAUCAACAUCGGGCCGGGCGACUGCGAGUGGUUCGCGGUGCACGAGCACUACUGGGAGACCAUCAGCGCCUUCUGCGACAAGCACGGCGUGGACUACCUGACGGGCUCGUGGUGGCCCAUCCUGGAGGACCUGUACAAGUCCAACAUCCCGGUGUACCGCUUCAUCCAGCGCCCCGGCGACCUGGUGUGGAUCAACGCCGGCACCGUGCACUGGGUGCAGGCCACCGGCUGGUGCAACAACAUCGCCUGGAACGUGGGGCCCCUCACCGCCUACCAGUACCAGCUGGCCCUGGAGCGCUACGAGUGGAACGAGGUGAAGAACGUCAAGUCCAUCGUGCCCAUGAUCCACGUCUCCUGGAACGUGGCCCGCACCGUCAAGAUCAGCGACCCCGACCUCUACAAGAUGAUCAAGUACUGCCUCAUGCAGUCCAUCAAGCACUGCCAGGUGCAGCGGGAGAGCCUGGUGCGCGCCGGCAAGAAGAUCGCCUACCAGGGCCGGGUGAAGGACGAGCCGGCCUACUACUGCAACGAGUGCGACGUGGAGGUGUUCAACAUCCUGUUUGUGACGAGCGAGACGGGGGGCCGCAACACCUACCUGGUGCACUGCGAGGGCUGCGCCCGGCGCCGCAGCGGCGCCCUGGCCGGCGUCGUCGUCCUCGAGCAGUACAAGACCGAGGAGCUCAUGCACAUCUACGACGCCUUCACCCUGGUGGCGUCGCCCGGCGGCAGAUGAGCCCUGCCCGGCCCAGGCGGAUCCUGGGCGCCCGCGAUGGGGACGCGGGGACAAUUGGGGGGGGGGGUGCCACCCCCCCCCACCCCCACGAACACUUUUUAUUUAUUCGCGGAGAAACCGCCCCAAAACUUGGCGCCCCCCCCGCCCGCCGCCGAGCCGCGCCAGGACCGGGGAGGGGGGGCACGGACGGACAGACGGACGCACGGACGGACGCAGAGGGGUUUUGGGGCGCCUUUCGCCGAGGGGGGGUUUGGGGGGGGGCUGGGGGGGGG